GGCCCGCGUAACUUGAUUCAGGAAGUACGCAUUUCAUUUUCGUGUUGCUUUCGAGCUGGCUAGAAAAGUCUUUAGAAAUCCAAAAACUGCUAAAUUGCUUGUAAGGAACACAAUUCGGCUGAAAAUGUCCGCUGGUGCCGAGUCUACACAUGUAUCAUCGCUUGGGAAGGGUGACAGUUUGCACCAACAGGUUCUCGCCUCUUUCCCUCUGUGUGACAUUACAGAGGAGGAUUUGACCCAGAACCCUCAGUUCUGUAAACUCCUGGCCACCCUGACACAACAUGUGGACCAACAUGGACUCACAGUCCCACUGAAAACAGAGCUGGAAAAGGCUGAGCAGAAGCUGCAGAGCCAGAGGCGUCACUGGCUGCGCUCCGAGAGCCUCAACAAAGGACUGCAGGAGAUGAUCCAGGACCACUGUGUCAGGAAGCACCAUGCCACUGUACCCCCUGACCAGAACAUGUUCUAUGAGACGAUGGAGAAGUGUCUACUGGUGGCUCAGUGUAUCACACAGCUGGAUCCCAGUAGCACUACCAACCAGGACCAGCCCUCUGUUCUGGGUCUGAACCCCCAACAGAUGAUGGAGCUCAUGCCAUCAGAGAAGAAUGUUCAAAGAAUGAAGCAGGGUCUUCCAAAAGAGCUGGAGAAACAUCUGAAGAAAAAGUGUCUGAGUCUCCUCUCUUACUAUCAACCUGAAUGGGAGAAUGAGAGUGAGGGUCUGAAAAACAGCAAGUUGUCUCAUCUGUCAGCCCAGCUGGACAAAGACAAGAAAAAAGCAGAGAGUCUGAAAGAGACCAGCCGAGAAAACACUGUUCUCCUGCAAAGACAGACUCAACUCUACCUCUCUGAACUGAUUAAGUGUAUUCAGCUUCUCCAGUCUCUCAUCUUGGACCACAGGCUGAGGAUCCAGACAGAUUUGGACCGGAAGAAGUUAGACUACUUUGAGGGAAAAUGUGAAUUAGUCUUGCAGAAGAUCAAGACUGAGAUGGUGGAAAUCCAACUGGACACGUACACAGUGGACUCAAUAUCUGCUCAUAAAAAAAUAAGAGAGAAGCUGGAGUCUGAUCUGAAGACCUGUCAGGUGGAGAAGCACUCUGUUGAGUUAAAACUGGCCUCCUUUGAGAUCUUGGGCAAAAACUUUGAAGCCUUGGCUGAGGAGUACUGCAGAUUACGGCAGGAGAUAGAAAUGAAUAACUGGGCUCUGAAGGAGUUCACCCAGUGCAGCAACAAGUGAAGAUCAUAUCUGAUGCUGGAACAACAGCCAGCCAUUCCCUUUACGUAGUAUGUCAUUGCUCACAAUGACAUGCCGGCUUUUGGACGCUUGUCACAGACAGUGUGUGGAUUUUUGGCCUAGAAGAACUAUGUUGGGUCACAUAACAUCUCGUAACUCAAGAAUGCUGUUUAAUAACUUUUCAUAUGUUCAGUUUUCUUAAAAUAGUCAAGCAUCUUUAGUACAUCACCAUAGUAAUCAGCAUUACUGCUUUCUGUGUUUCUACCUGAAUCCAUUUAGAGUCCAAGGUGUUUUAGUAAUCAUUACUCGUUUAAUUAGAUGUCGCGUUACACUAAGCUUUAGUGUCUUCCAUGUAACUGCAUGAUCACUUUUGAUUGCUUUCUACAUUAGUGGAAGAAAGUGAGAAUAACUAGUAUAUUCAUACUGACACUGAAAAGUACCUUUGCCCUGAAAUGGUAUUCCUAGUUGGCAGAAGCAGCAGUGAAACAUCUGUUCAGGGACUCGUUCUAACUGCACCUGGAAUAAAAGGGUUUAGGUUUAUUAAAAUGUGCCAAAUGUCGGGUGAGCAUUCCUAUGUAUAUUGUGAUAUAAACCUGUUAGAAAAUAAACUAAACUGAGUAAAUGUAUGUAUGCUGCUGAUAUUCUUUACUUUUUAAACACUUAUUGAAGAUUAAUACAACCAUCAGUCAUGUCCAUGUUGCCCCCAGUGUUCUGUCUACUUCUGUGGGAGUUUCAGUGUUUUCAUCAAAGGUAUCUGUUGUCUUGUAGAUUUGUGCUUGAGAAAAAAUA